AUGGACGACCUCACCAUACAUGAACCAUCAACCGAAGAUAUUGAAAUACAUGAAUUACAGGACGAAAAAGACGCACGGAUAAUCGACAAAGUUUCAGAAAUCCUCAUUGAAAGAAAUAUGCUUUGGCAAUAUGAUGACGUCAUCGAAAGUGAAAUAACAGAUUUUCUAAAAGAAAAUAAAUAUUCAGAGGAACGGUUGUUCGAAGUAGCGACCCAACGACAAGAAGAUAGUAAAUACUGGACAUUACUUGCAUUUCUAAAUGUACGAGGGAUGGGAAUUCCUAGCACCAACGACAAAAAAGCGUUCUACUGGUACCACAAAGCCGCAUCAGAGCUCAAUGAUCCACUUGGUCUCCAAGAAACCGGUGUCUUCUAUUACCACGGCAAAGGGGUGAAAAUCAAUAAUAUCGAAGCAAAUUACUGGUUCAAGAAAGCCGCCGAAGUUGGGAUGGGAAUUGCGCAGCAUCGACUAGCAAUAAAUUAUCUUAAAGGAAGAGGGAUAGAGGUGGAUCAUGCUGAGGGGUUCAAGUGGCUCUUAAGAUCGGCUAAUGCGGGAUUCGUCGAAGCAAUGGAUUCACUUACCGAUCUGUAUCUAAACGGUAUCUAUACCAAGAAGAAUAAUCGGCUUGCACUUUUUUGGGCAGAAAAGUCGUAUUAUGAGUUUUAUUCUCGAACGGGGCUUUACAACUUGAUGCAUUGUUAUCGGAAGGGGCUUGGUACUUGUAUGGAUAUGCAUAAGACUAUUUUUCUGGCUGUUCAUGCGAAGCGAAAUGGCCAUGACACCGGAUAUCGAAAACUUGUGAAAUUGUUUGAUACCUAUUUCUUUUGA